CCAAAGGCGAGCAGCCCUCUGACUCGCCCAGUCUGCGACUGCCCGCUGCUCGAUAGAAUAGAAGCGACCAAAGAAGAAGGUCCACUUCCACUUCCACCGUAUAGAUCUAGACGUCCCAGCUUAGCGAUCAAAGCUUAUAAGCGCGGCCCUUUGAUCGAUCUCUGGGAAGAAUCGUGUUCCCGGGUGAUUGAUUGGAUUGAUGUGCCUCUAGGACUAUACAAUUCACCACUGAUCAACUGCCAGGAGGAAGAAGAAGAGCGUGUGUUGUGCAUACACAUAUAUAAGAGUUUAUUUUCUCUUCCUUUUUGGCGGUGGAUUUGGCCGAGCCUCCAUAAACUUUCCUGGCACCGCGAAUGCGAGAAUACAACGAGGAAUGUCAAUGGAUCUCUUGGAGCUGCUGAGCCCCCAUAGCUAGACUCUAGCUAGCUUCCUCCUCCAUAGCUCUCGCAGUAAAGAAGGAGAACUUUAGAAUCCAUAUCCAUAUCCAGGAACUCAGGAAGAACAACAAAGAUGGAACCUCGAAGAAGAAGGGGUCUCGAGACGUUUUAAUCUCGCGGGAGCCGCCGUGAGAGAGCGUUGAGCCCGUGAAAGGGAGAGACGGGGAGAGAAAGAAGAGCUCACAACUUCGUAGCCUUUCCUUCUCUCUCUUUCUCUCAAGGAAGACGUGAUUCACUCCUUCCUCGCUUACCAAAAUCAUACUUUUCCACGGCGACCAUCUCUCUCUCUCUCGCUCAAUCUCUUUGAGACAUGGGAGAGGUUGAAGCUGCAGUGACCAAGAACUCCAAAAAUUCUUCUCACUGCUACUUCGAGCAGGCUCCUCCCAGUGACAGGAAUGGCGACUAUCUUCACUAGCGAUGCUCACAAGAACCCCGGAGCUUGGACAGGAGGAUUUGACAACAACACGAACAACUAUCUUCCAGGCAUGGUGAUGAUGCCUGUGCCGCUGCUUCAUCCACACAAGAACACUUCGGGGCUGUGCCUUGGGCUCCCAAGCGGGCUGGAGGGGUCUGGAAGUGGUGCUGGAGGUGGAAGCAAGCUUCCGGAGGAUGAGAACAAAUCCGGUGGUGGCGGCGGCGGCGGCGGUGGCGGCGGUGUUGGUGGUAGUGGCAGUGGUGGCGGUGGUGGUGGUGAGCCCGGAAUGGAGGGAGCUUCUAGUGAAGAUCAGGAACCGAGUGAUCAGCCACCUCGCAAGCGGAGAUUUCACCGACACACGCUCCGCCAGAUACAAGAGAUGGAAAUGGUCUUCAAAGAAUGUCCUCACCCAGACGAGAAGCAACGAAUGCAGCUCAGCCGAGAGCUGGGACUGGAGCCCCGGCAAGUCAAGUUUUGGUUCCAAAAUCGUCGCACACAGAUGAAGGCACAUCAAGAACGAGCGGAAAACUCCAUGCUUAGGGCCGAGAACGAACGCCUCCGCUCCGAAAACAUUGCGAUGCGAGAGGCUCUCAAGAACGCAACUUGUCCGCACUGUGGCGGCCCCGCGACGUUGGGAGAGAUGUCCUACGACGAGCAGCAGCUGCGAAUCGAAAACGCUCAUCUCAAAGACGAACUCGAUCGAGUAUCGUCUCUAGCAGCCAAGUACCUCUCCAAACCCGGAGGCGGAGCUCCUCACGGACUUAGCGUCCAGACGAGCUUACCGGGGACGUCGCUGGAUCCCAGUGCUGCGGCGUUUGGACCACAGUCGAACAGCGCUCUAGCAGUUACUCCUGGACCAUCGAUGCUGGAGCUUGCCACUCGUCCGGGGGGACUUUCACAGGUGGAGAAGCCGCUCGUCGCGGAGCUCGCGAUCAUCGCAAUGGAGGAGCUGCUGGCACUGGCUCAAUCGAGAGAGCCACUGUGGAUCCUGGAAGAGAAUGGAGCUAAGGAAAGCUUGAAUGGCGAGGAAUAUAUGCAGCAGUUUUCCAGAGGAUUGGGACCAACGCCUGUAGGACUCAAGGCCGAAGUUACUCGCGACACUGGUCUCGUGAUGAUGAAUGGAGCUGCCUUGGUUGACACUAUCAUGGACGCGGGAAGAUGGAUGGAUAUGUUCUCAUGUAUUAUUUCUAGAGCUUUGACCUCCGAAGUUCUCUCCACUGGCGUGGGUGGUAAUUGGAACAAUGCAUUACAACUUAUGUAUGCCGAGUUUCAAGUGUUAUCACCGCUGGUGCCGACGAGAGAGGCUUACUUUUUGCGCUACUGCAAGCAACACGCGGAAGGAGUGUGGGCGAUAGUCGAUGUUUCAGUGGACGGUCUGCGAGAAAAUCCACCUCCACAGCUCCGGAACAGGCUUCGUCCCUCGGGGUUUUUGAUCCAAGACAUGCCAAACGGAUACAGCAAAGUGACCAUUCUUCAGCAUAUGGAGUACGAUGAUCGCCAAGUAAACAACAUGUACCGCGGACUCGUGAGCAGCGGUCUAGCAUUCGGUGCCAAGCGAUGGCUCGCAACUUUGCAACGCCAGUGCGAGCGUUUGGCAGUUCUUUUGGCCACCAACAUCUCCCCUCGAGAUCUAGGCGUGAUUUCCAACGCUACCGGACGUCGCAGCAUGCUGAAGCUGGCGCAGCGAAUGACCAAUAACUUCUGCGCGGGUGUGAGCGCAUCGACGGUGCACACCUGGACGACUCUCUCGGGCAGCGGCGAGGAUGACGUGCGAGUCAUGACGCGUAAGAGCAUCGACAAUCCUGGGGAGCCGCCAGGAAUCGUUCUAAGCGCCGCUACUUCCCUCUGGAUGCCUGUGAGCCCCCAGAGAGUUUUUGAGUUCCUCCGGGAUGAUCGUCUCAGGAGCGAACCGGAGGGCCCUCGAUCGAUCGGCACCACCCCAGAGACGAGCAGCCGAGCAAGCAGCAGCGAGCCGGGGUGCUUGCUCACGGUAGCUUUCCAGAUUCUCGUCAGCAACGUUCCAACCGCGAAGCUCAACUUGGAGUCCGUGACAACGGUGAACAGUCUCAUCUCGUGCACUGUCCAGCGGAUCAAGACGGCUCUCAGCUGCGAGACUUAAAGAAACAUCGGAUUUUACGCAGGAAAGUCGGAAUAAGGUGGGGUUUGUUCGGGAAAGAUGGCAGAAGGAACAGGAUCGUCGACAGGAAAAAACUGGCAAAAAUGGUGGGAUUUAGCAGGGGUUUUAGAGGGACAAACAAAUGAAGAACAGCAACCAAGAACACAAAAGGGGGAUGGAGUCAAGAACGCACCACAGACCAGAUUUUAGAAUCCUUGCCUCGUGGUAAAGCAUUGGAGACGAAGAAGACAUCAACGACGACGAAAAGACGUGGUUUGCUAAUUUUUAUUCGAGAGGAGAGUGAGAGAAGAGGUUUUUUUUUUUUGGAUUCCUUCUUCUUCUUCCUUCUUCAUGCAUACUUUCUAGCGCAGCGGAUGGAUUGAGAGGCCUUUUUCUGGUUCUUCCUCCUCGAUUCUUCCUUGCGCUAGAAGCUGUGCAUGGUGCUUCACCACUCGGCAAGGAGCGUGGUUCGGGUAUUGACUUUGUUUACCAACUUGGUCCUGUUCUUCAUUUUUCUGUGUUCUAGUAGUCUUUUUUUCUUCCAUUUUUCAUCUUCAAUCCUGUUGUAACUUGGUACAUUUUAAUCUGAUUUCAUUUUGAUCCAAAGUU